UUUUCAGAUUGGAGUGGGAAGGUUUCACCGAAUACAAGAUGCAAAGUGAUGGAAAUUGCCAGUUCCGUGCUUUAGCUGAUCAACUUUAUAAAAACUCGGCUCUUCAUAAGCUUGUUAGACAAGAAAUCAUACAACAGAACAUGUCCAAGAACUCCGAAUGGGGCGAUGAAGUCACACUAAAAGCCGCUGCCGAUUUGUAUGUAUUCAAAAUAGUACUCAUUACAUCAAUCAAACAGACUCCAUUCAUUGAGUUUUUGCCCAAGUCUCAAAAAGAACCCGACAAAGUCAUUCAUCUGAGCUAUCUCUCAGGGAUCCAUUUCAACUCCAUCCACACAAAAAAAAGGUUAUCCUUCUCUUCUUUCUUAAUAGUAUACAAGAAGCUACAGAGGAAGAAUGAGAAGGAGCAGAAGAAAAUUGAGGAGGAGCGGAAGAAAAAGGAGGAGGAGAAGGAGCAAGAAGAGAAGAAAAUAGACAAGGAAGAGAAGAAAAGAGACAAGGAGGAGAGGAAGAUGGCGAAGGUGAAGAAGGAGAAGAAAGAGAAGAAGAACAAGAAUCAACAUUUUCACUAUUCUGAUAUCAUGUCAAUACUUGAACAAGAAGAUUAUUCGUUUUUCUGA